AUGCAGAACAGAAAAGAAUACAUUCUACAAAACAGUACAUCACCAGCUAAAUUCAUCCUCCUGGGUCUUUCUGAUGAUCCAAACCUGCAAAGUGCAUUGUUCUCCGCUUUCCUGGUACUCUAUAUCAUCACUCUGGCAGGAAACCUUCUCAUCAUUCUUCUGACGUUGGCUGAUCCUGCCCUGCACACCCCCAUGUAUUUCUUCCUAAGAAACCUGUCUUUUCUGGAGAUCUGCUACACAUCGGUGAAUGUCCCUAAGAUGCUGGCAAACCUCCUCUCUGGAAAUAAAUCCAUCUCCUUCAUUGGAUGUGCUCUGCAGACCUACUUUGUAUUCUUCCUUGGUGGGUCAGAAUGUUUCCUUUUGGCCGCAAUGGCCUAUGAUCGAUAUGUUGCCAUUUGUAAGCCCUUACACUACCACUUCCUGAUGAGCCAAAAAGUUUAUACUACUUUAGUUGUGGUGUGUUGGUUAAGUGGGUUUCUGAUGUCCUUUGGUCACACUAGCAUGUUAUUUACUGUCUCCUACUGUGGCUCCAAUGUGAUCAGCCACUUCUUUUGUGACAUUCCUCCUUUGCUGAAAUUGGCUUGUGGGGACACUUCUAGGGUUGAAAUUGGACUCUUUGUGGGGGCUAUGAUUUUUGGGACUUUGCCUUUUAUCCUGAUCUUGAUGUCUUACGCUGGCAUUAUAACCACUAUUUUGAAGAUCUCAUCCUCUGAAGGUCGGAUGAAGACCUUUUCCACCUGCUCUUCACACCUGAUUGUGGUGACCUUGUUCUAUGGUUCUGCUUGUAUUACAUAUUUGAAGCCCAAUUCCACUUACUCACCAAACACUGACAAAUUUCUCUCCCUUUUCUAUACUGUUAUAGGUCCCAUUUUGAACCCCCUCAUAUACAGCCUGAGGAAUAAAGAGGUAAAACAUUCAUUUAGAAGAAUCUGGGGUAGAAGACCUUUUGGGUGA